GGUUCCCAAACUGUGGGAUGUUUACCGCCCAUGUGGUACAUGAGCUUGUUGUUCUACCAUUUAACUUGACAAUGUUUUUUUUAUGGUCGAGGUACAUGAACUAAUAAAGUUUGGGAGUUGCUGUUCCAUAGUAAUCAUACUAAUACUGCAGUAGCAUUCUUGAAAGAUGUAGUGUUUUGGAUUACUGCUAUAAAAUACUAGAAUACAUUUAAUAAGGGUGCUUUUCCUUCCUUCCCGGGCCCAUAGAUUGGAUUGGCCUGGCAGUCUCCUGCGGCUGCUCCUGUGUUAAGGAGGGAUUGUGGUGCUCUCAUGCCAAGUCCUGGGUUGAGUUCCUUGGGGUGGCUCUCUUUUCCCACCCUACUAACUAAGUCUAAGCACUUGGUGUAGGUUUUUUUUUCCUUCUCUUGCCCUUAGAGGAUGAUUUCCAGGCUCUCUCUUGGUCCUGCCCUGCUCCACCGCCUGGGUCUGAUAUAUAACAAAAUACAUCAUGGGCCAAAUACAAAUUUAAUGUAAAUGGCUCCAAUACGUUUUAAGAGAAAGGAGUUGCACUCACUUACCUCAAGUCUGUGUUGAAUACCAGGUACUUUUAAAGGUUAGAUUAAUGUGAAUUUAACCUUUGGGCCAUAUUCAACCCCUGUAAAUCCACGGAAGUCAAGACAUAAGCCAGGGAUGUCUUUUGGUCCAAUAAUAAUAUGUUAUAUAUUAGUGCUCAGGUCAUUUUUAGAACACCUAACUGGUUGGUGAUUUGCAAUCUUGGGGUUGGUUAGCUGUGGUAAGGGAAGACGUUGAUUGUAUGGUGCCCUUUUCCUUCCCCUCUCCUGUGCCCGGAGAUCCACUCCAGGUUUUCUUUUCCGCUCCGUUUCUGUAUUUCGCCCAUGCACUGUGUAGCACGUUUCUCUCUCUCUCUCUCUCUCUGUGUGUCUCUUUCCCUCAGUCACUGUGUCUGUCUCCGGGAUUUCUCCCUUCCUACUUGAGGAGGCUGCUCCUGCAGGCUCCGUGCGCGUGUGUGAAGCAGAGGUUCCCCGGGAUCCCAUAAAUACAACCCGUACGUGCACUCUGACCCACACACAGAGUAACACCACCAGAGGCGCGCGAGCACACACACACACACACACACACACACACACACACACGUGCAUGCUCCAGUCCAUCCCCACACGCGCAGCCAGGGAGUGAGGGCUCGCCAGCCUCACACAGGCAGGCACCGCUCAGUGGCCCCAGGAUUUUGGCGCCCCUGGCUCGGGACUCCGCUCCGCAGCAGCCAGCCAGACCUGGGCGUGCAGCGGGGGGGGGGUGUGUGUGUGUGGGGGGGGGGGGGGAGGGGUUCGUUGGCACCGGGAAAGAAGAAGCGGGCGGGGGCGGCCGCUGCUGUUCCUGACGCCGCUCGUGUGUGCGCCCGUCUCCCCUUCGGCUUCUAAAAGUUUGCCUCAGCAAGGCGGGGGGCUCCCCGCUCCCUCUCAGCUGGGGGACCCCGUCUGCAGCUCACCCUGGAGGCACCUCGGCUCCGUUCGCAGCGGGUGAAGGUGGGACCCGGUCCCCGGGAUUUAUUGAGCCGGAUUUGCAUUUUGCACCAUGUCUUCUUGGAUCGCGGCUCCGCUGGUGGCUUUCACCGGGCUGCUGCUGCUGUCACUUUCGGCCGGGGCCGAUGCGGCGGCUCGGAGCUGCAGUGAGGUGCGGCAGGCGUAUAGCGCCAAAGGCUUCAGCCUGGUCAAUAUACCCUUUCAGGAAAUAGCAGGGGAACAUUUGAGAAUCUGUCCGCAGGAGUAUACAUGCUGCACCACAGAAAUGGAGGACAAAUUGAGCCAACAGAGCAAACUGGAGUUUGAAAACUUGGUGGAAGAAACAAGUCACUUUGUGCGCACCACCUUUGUGUCCAGGCACAAGAAGUUUGAUGAAUUUUUCCGAGAACUUUUGGAGAACGCAGAAAAAUCCUUAAAUGAUAUGUUUGUACGAACGUAUGGAAUGCUGUACAUGCAGAAUUCAGAAGUGUUCCAGGACCUCUUCACAGAACUGAAACGCUACUAUACAGGCGGCAAUGUAAACUUGGAGGAGAUGCUGAAUGAUUUCUGGGCUCGGCUAUUGGAGCGAAUGUUCCAGCUCAUAAACCCCCAAUACCAUUUCACUGAGGACUAUCUGGAGUGUGUAAGCAAAUACACAGACCAGCUGAAACCAUUUGGAGAUGUACCCAGGAAACUGAAGGUUCAAGUGACUAGAGCUUUCAUUGCUGCACGGACUUUUGUUCAGGGGCUGACUGUAGGCAGAGAGGUUGCAAACAGAGUAUCCAAGGUCAGUCCAAACCCAGGGUGCAUCCGUGCACUAAUGAAGAUGUUAUACUGCCCUUACUGCAGAGGACUUCCCACUGUGAAACCUUGCAACAACUACUGCCUCAACGUAAUGAAAGGCUGCCUAGCAAAUCAGGCCGAUUUGGACACUGAGUGGAAUCUCUUCAUAGAUGCUAUGCUCUUGGUAGCAGAGAGAUUAGAGGGACCAUUCAACAUUGAAUCAGUCAUGGAUCCUAUUGAUGUCAAGAUUUCUGAAGCCAUCAUGAACAUGCAAGAGAACAGUAUGCAGGUGUCAGCAAAGGUCUUUCAAGGAUGUGGCCAGCCUAAACCAGCACCUGCUUUAAGAUCUUCUCGCUCUGUUCCCGAGAACUUCAAUACCCGCUUUAGGCCAUACAAUCCUGAAGAGAGACCAACAACAGCUGCUGGCACAAGUUUGGAUAGACUGAGGACUAUCUGGAGGACAAUGCAACAUGGUGUAACAGACAUUAAAGAAAAACUGAAGCUUUCAAAAAAGUUCUGGUCAGCUUUACCAUAUACUAUCUGCAAGGAUGAAAGAGUGACAGCUGGCAUGUCAAAUGAAGAGGACUGCUGGAAUGGCCAUACCAGAGCUAGAUACCUGCCUGAGAUUAUGAAUGAUGGGCUGACCAACCAGAUCAACAAUCCCGAAGUAGAUGUGGACAUCACAAGGCCUGACACCUUCAUACGGCAACAAAUCAUGGCCCUAAGAGUCAUGACUAACAAACUGAAGAAUGCAUACAAUGGAAAUGAUGUGAACUUCCAGGAUACAAGCGAUGAAACCAGUGGCUCAGGAAGUGGAAGUGGUUGCACUGAUGAUAUCUGUCCUACAGAGUUUGACUUCAUCACCACGGAAGUACCACCUGUUGACUCAGACAGGAGAGAAGUAGACUCUUCAGCAAUCCAGUCUAGCCAAUCACUGUUUACGUUGUUCAUCAUCUGCAUCAUCCUUGUACUGCAGAGACAGUGGAGAUAAUCCUGGUUCUGGUCAGAGAGACUGUGUUUUAGCUACGAAAACAGCCAACUUGCUCCUUUUCUUACACUCUUGGACAAUGGACUAUGCCACAAAUAUUACAGUUUUCUAUGAGAGCAGUACUACAGCCUACUUCCCUUUUUGUUUUCCCAAAGAGUACCAGGUGCCAGACUAAACUGCUUCCUGUUUCUUUCAAGAUAUCAGUGAAGACAAUGUCCACUCUUGAGAGAAUUCUUUCUCAGAUCUUUAUUACUGGAGACUUUCUGAGCUGCAUUAUGCUGCAGAAGUAAAAAGGAUCUUACGGUGUAGGUUUUCCUUAACAAGAAAGAAAAGAGAAAGAAACAAAGAAAACAAAUUUCCUUCUAAAUCAGGCCAAACUUAAGGCUGCUGCAUUUUCAAGAAAAACAAAACAAAAAGAC